CAGUAAGCGAAACCUGUCGCACUGCGAAGCCUCAAUAUUGUUUUGAUACUCAGAACAACAGAAAGGGGUGUGGGACGCGCGCCGCAGGACGCAUGCUCGCUCCAGUCCUCUCUUCAUCCGGGUACCUGCAGUUGACUGUGUGGGUACGGAGGCGGGAAAUGGCGUCCAGAGGUGCGGAGAGGACAGAGGUGAACCUCGUCUGAAGAGGCACGCAAACAACAGCAAGUGUCAGCAGCUCUGAAAUCGACCGUUGUCUUGCGACUCGAUCCCGCGGAGUUUCGUCCAUCUUACAUGUAACUCUAAACAAAAUGAGGCUGAGAAUGCGCAAGGCUUCUCAGCAGCCAAACCUCGCCCGCAGGCCCGGCCCGGCCCGGACCAAGCGAAAGCAUGACGAGAUGGAGGAGUGCUCAGGUGAAAGCAAGGGUCUUCUCUCCAGCAUCAAGAAGUUCAUCCAUGGAAGUUCCAUCAAGGUGGAGCAGGACAACCCAGCAAAGAGGAAUCGUCUGAGCUGCGAGCUGAUCACCUCCACCCCACAAAGGAACAAUGACCUGCAAAGGAAAAGCAUCUACAGGGCCCGUCGAAGAAGCUCCGUCAAUGGUGAAACCACUAACCAUGACACGAGUAAGCCUGUCAAGCCUAAUGGGAAGUUGGAGGACCCUGAGGAGGUUGUGAACAGUCCACCCCGCACCACCCUGCUUGGAACCAUCUUCUCUCCUGUCUUCAACUUCUUCUCACCAGCAAAUAAAAAUGCCUCGGAUUCCCCAGGCCAGGCGGUAGAGGCGGAAGAGAUUGUGAAGCAACUAGAAAUGGAGCAAGUAGAAGAGAUGCCUACCAGUACUGCCACAUCUAGAGAGCCCCUAAGUGUCCCUCUCUAUACCAGUGCCAUGCCAUCUGCCUUUAGACCUCCAUCCUCCACUCACACACCUGCAGAGGAGAGUGAAAACACCCCCCACUCUGACCUGCCGCCUCUUACAGCUCCUGGCUCUCCUGCAACAGUGGGGUAUGUGGACACCUCUAUUACUGUCCCAGCUGAAGGAUCAUAUGAGGAGGAGUGGGAAGUGUUUGACCCGUAUUUUUUCAUCAAACAUGUACCUCCGCUAACGGACGAGCAGCUAACUCGCAAACCCGCACUCCCUCUGAAGACUCGCAGCACUCCUGAGUUCUCCCUGGUGCUUGACCUGGAUGAAACCCUUGUCCAUUGUAGCUUGAAUGAGCUGGAUGAUGCAGCACUAACCUUUCCUGUCCUCUUCCAAGACGUCAUAUAUCAGGUUUAUGUGCGAUUGAGGCCAUUUUUCAGAGAGUUCCUUGAACGCAUGUCUCAGAUUUAUGAGAUCAUUCUCUUCACUGCCUCGAAGAAAGUUUAUGCAGACAAGUUGCUGAACAUUCUCGAUCCGAGGAAACAGCUGGUGCGGCACCGAUUAUUUCGUGAGCACUGUGUUUGUGUGCAAGGAAACUACAUUAAGGAUCUGAAUAUCCUUGGACGGGAUUUGUCCAAGACUAUAAUUAUCGAUAACUCGCCACAAGCCUUUGCUUAUCAGCUCUCCAAUGGGAUCCCUAUUGAGAGCUGGUUCAUGGACAAGAAUGACAGCGAACUUCUGAAGCUGGUCCCCUUCUUGGAGAAACUGGUGGAAUUGAAUGAGGAUGUGCGGCCACAUGUCCGUGAACGGUUUCGGCUGCAUGACCUCCUUCCCCCUGACUGAGUGUACAUAGUGGGACAGGACAGUAAAAAUGACAACAAAUGCAGAUAAACAUUUUGCAUUAUAACAUCAUUGCCAUUACUAUUCAAAAUAACUUUUUUUUCAUCCCCCCCAAUUUUCAUCGCUAAGAUAACAUAAAAAAAAAUGUUGUCUGAACAUUUUGACUUUUUUUUUUUUUUUUUUGCUAAUUUUGCCGUUGUUUCUCGAGUCGCCUCUUCGGUUGUUUCAUCCCAUACUAAGUGAAUGUGUAGCAAGUCAGAAGAGAAGAAGAUUGUCUUUUGGUGCUCCAGUGGGAUUGGUUGACACUGUUGGGCUUUUGACCAAUUUCAUCAGGAAUGGCCAGUAAGAAAAGAAUACCGUCUGACAAAAGUUAGAUUCUUAUGAGUGAAUUUUUUUUCAUUAAUGAUUUUAGUAUGCAUUCCACUCCAUCUGUACGUUUUAAUUGGGGUUUACUUCAAAUCAAUGUUUUCUCAACUCCUGAAUCCUGUUUGCCAAAAUGUGUUUUUCAGAGCGUGGUCUGGUUGAAAAUUGUUCUGUUCUUGAAUUGGGUGUUUUUACAGCACAGUGGAAUCGGUCGUUUUUAUGUGGUGUGAAUGAGAAUGGUUUAAACCAGAGUGAUGGCUGUUUCCUAGAAAAAGAUUUGCAGUGACUAAAUUCUCAAAUUGUUUAACUAAGAAGUUUCCCACCAUUGCAUCAGAGUCUCUCCACAGAUAUUUAUUCACCUUUUAACAUUUUACUUGUUAAUUAGUAGCACCUCACAAUAGUAUUCAUCAGCUACCGCUUCUUAUUGUUUUUUCAUAUUUAGCCUGUGUAUUUUUUAUAUAUAUAUAUAUAUAUAUAUUUUAGUUUUUUUUAUUAUUAUUAUUAUUACUGGUGUUCUUUAAAAAGAUACCACCUUUAUGUUUUAGUGAUAGAUUACAAGCAAGUAUUUUCAUGUUCAAAUUUGAAAUUAAUGUAGCAUUACCCAGAUCUAAUCUAUUCUGAACUGCAAGGGAGAAGAUUGAGGGCUGCAGUCUGUUCGAGCCCUGUUUAUAGCACCAGCAUAACAACAGCACGUCUCAUCGCUGUGGUUUAAACCUUACUGCCUGACAUUUUGGCUUUUCUUUAUACUGGGAUUCUGUGGGAUGGGGUGGGGGGGUAGCUCUGUCCAGAAGUAUUGUGUGAUGUAAGCUAGAUGAAUGAGUGUGCAUCGCUGUCUGAGGAGAACGGUAUAAUUAUUCUGUGAAAUGUUUUUUCUUCCCCUCAAUCCUUUUCAUAUUGCCUUUUUAAUUCCACUGUUAUAGGCGAUACUUCAAAUUGAGUAAUACAGACUAAGAGUAGAAACUACAGUAGUGCCAUUGAAGCAGGGCCAAGCUAGUUGCUUUCCCUUUUAUAUUUUGUCCUCUACAAAUGGUUUUGUUUUGACAAAAUGAGCUUGUUCAUUUUCUACUCAUGCCACCGGUGCCAUUUAUGCUGUUUGUGUUUAGUGUGCUGUUUUCAGAUAAAUGGGUCAUUCUUAGUAAUAGACAAUCACUGAAUGCAUCAUUUGUCUAAAUUGGAUUGUUACAUUUUCAUAGUAGGGUUUUUUUUCUGAAAAUAUAAUUUUCAUAACUUAAAAAAAAUGAGGCCUUUUUAGUUGAAUUAAAAAAAACAUCUUGUAUGCAGUAAAGAAAUUAUCAUGUGGUGUUUUUUUUAAUUUGUUGUAAAAUUAUAACUAUAAAAAUGAAUUGCAAUGUGUUCAUGCUUUAACUCUAUAUCCUGUGGUACUUCCCAAUUGAAGGAGAGAGGAUGAAAAAUAGGAGUGAAAAAGUGUGAUCCCAAGGAUCCUGCUCUACUGACAGUUUUUUGACAGUCCACAAGCCACAAACACAGUAUUUUUCUCAUAGCAAAGACUGAUUUGGUAAUGGUUAUGCAUACUUUUUGAAAAUGGUUUAACAUGGUGUUACAUAGUAAGUAGCAUUUUUUGUGUGUGUGUGUGUGUAAACUAUUCCUUCUCCCUACAUUGAUGCAAAAUAGUUGAAUGAUGCUAAUAGUCCAGAAUGAUAUUAGAUGUUGGGAGGCGGGUUGCAUCUACUGUUAGGCCCUGGCACUUUCUUACAAAGACAAAGAAAAUUAUUUUGUAUGAUUGUCGAAAAGCAGUAGUGAAUCAAGUGUAACAUGAUGCAGAGGUUUGUUUCAUAUGUACAACCAGUUCAUUGUAAUGUUCAUUAAUUUUGUACAAAGCAUAUUGUACUAAUUGUGCAUAUUGUGCAUAUUGCAGCUUCAUGAACAAAAAAAAA